CGCAGGCGCAUUAGUGCCACAUGUUGUUUUGUAGUCAAAGGCGUGUAUAGCUAAAAGAUAGUCGCACAUGCCAUCAGUUAGUGGUUUAAACUCGGUUUUUGUGGAGCUAUUAUUCAUUUUAUCUCUAACGUAUGUGUCAGUUUGCGGUUUAAGGAGUUGUCAUUUGAGUUUAGCGGCACAGUUCUGAGUAAAUAAAGUUAUAGAGCCCGGCUUAGCCCGCUAGCUCAUCUCUGCUGGAGCGAACAGAGGCAGCAGCAGCAGCAGCAUGGCAGCGGUGUUGGAGCUCAUCGCUGGCAGCUAUGAGCAAAUCACCUUCGGAUACCGAGUACAAACGGCCGAAAACGAAUGGACAGCCAAAGCGGACUUUACACACCAUGCUCACACGGCCUCCAUAUCAGCUGUGGCGGCCAGCGAGAGGUUCGUGGUCACGGGAAGCAAAGACGAAACUAUACAAUUGUACGACAUGAAGAAGAGAACCGAUCAUGGGGCUCUGCUGCAUCAUGAUGGCACGAUCACUUGCCUCGAGUUCUACGGGAAUUCUCACUUGCUGAGUGGAGGAGAAGAUGGGCUCCUGUGUGUGUGGAGCACAAAGAAGUGGGAGUGUCUGAAGACGAUCAGAGCUCAUAAAGGUCACGUUACUUCACUCUCCGUCCAUCCUUCGGGGAAACUGGCGCUUUCAGUCGGGACAGACAAGACUCUGAGAACCUGGAAUCUCAUCAAUGGAAGAUCAGCUUUUAUCAAAAACAUCAAGCAGAAUGCUCACAUAGUGAGAUGGUCUCCAGAUGGCGACAGAUAUGUGGUUGUGGUGAACGACAAAGUUGAUAUCUACAAGCUGGAGACGGCGUCAAUAACGGGAACGAUGACAAACCCGAAGAGGAUCUCAUCUGUGAAAUUCUUAAAUAACUCCGUCCUGGCCGUCGCAGGAGACGACGAAACCGUGAGGUUCUGUGAUGUUGGAAAGGCUAAAUGGGUUUGCGAGUUCAGAGCUCAUGAAACGAGAGUAAAGGCAGUCGAUAGUUUGAUUUUGGAUGAUUUCUGCCUGUUGGUAACGGCUUCAAAUGAUGGGUACAUAAAAAUGUGGAAAAUCCAUCUCAAAGAGGAGCUGGAGCCUCCUAUCCUUCUGGGGGAAGUGAACACAACAGCUAGACUGACGUGCCUCUCUGUGUGGAGACCUUCGUCGUUGCAGCAGAUAUCUGAUGACCCAUCUAAUGCAACAACAUCUGAAGAACAUGCUCAGGAACUUGAUAAGAAGAAGAAAAGAGUCCGAGAGACAACAGAAGAAGUAAUUGUCGAGGACGAGAGCAAACCCAAAAAGAAGAAGAAAAAAGACGGCGGCAAAAAGACUGUCAAAAAAUAAUAAAAAGAAUAAUAAUUUCAACU